AUGGAUUUGAGAUGUAACCAUGGCGACCUGUGACCCCUAUUAAGUACUUUAAGGUGCAGGUUUGGACGCGGCCUUUCCCCCCCAAGUAACUUUAGACGUAAAAAAAAUCUUUGCGUUAAAUAUUUCCUUCAGUCCCACUUACUAUUCCGUAGGGCUGUUUGGUGACUUGUUCAAUAAAAAGGCUUAUUUGCGGGGUUCAGACUGAUGAAGAAGCAUUAAACGCUGUUCUGAAGGUGAGAAUGAUUAUUGGACAUUAGCUCGGGAUCUAAAAUGGCGGAACAAAUUUACGACAUUAAAGGAGCUCUCAACUCCGGAAGUCAGUUCACUGAGGACCCGGAGUUGGAGGCGAUCAAGGUGCGGGUGAUGGAGAUGGAGGAAGAAGAGGAGGAGAAGCUGAGGGAAGCACAGUACUGUUCAGACAAGCCAUAUACUUAUGGCCCUCUACAGACAGGACUUUUCUACAGUAUGACACCUGAGGAGAGGAUAGACGCUGACAGCAGAUCCGUCUAUGUGGGGAACGUGGAUUAUGGGACGACUGCAGAUGAGCUGGAGAUCUACUUCAACGGCUGUGGUCACGUGAACAGGGUCACUAUUCUUUGUGACAAAUUCACUGGCCAUCCAAAAGGGUUUGCAUACAUCGAGUUCUCUGAUAGAGAGUCGGUGAGGAUGGCCAUGGCUUUGGAUGAAACCUUGUUCAGAGGACGAAUCCUUAAGGUCUUACCUAAACGUACCAAUAUGCCAGGCAUCAGCAGCACAGACAGAGGGUUCGCGCGAGGGGGACGUUUCCGAGGCCGAGGAGUCAGAGCUUCCCGGUUCCACAACGGCUUGCAGGGCAGAUUCCGCGGCUUUAUCCGGGGAAGUGGAAGAGCCCAGCCUUGGUACAUUUCCUACUGACAGAAUGAAGAGUGUUUUAGUUUUAUUGUUUUUCUUUUGGAAGCACUUAUGGGUGCUGACUGUUCAGUGCUGUUCCUUUCCUGCCUUUAAUGGACUCUCAGCCUACACAUCGAUUUUCAUAGUUACAUUUUAAGUGCAUAUAUAAAUAUAUAUUUUUGUAUGGCUUCUCAUAUUUUGCCUGAUUUAGAGCCUGAACGAUGAAAACUUGAUUUACACCGAUGACAUUAUUUUAUUUCUAUUUUUUAUAAUGUCCUUUCUGUAAAAUGAGCUGGUUGAAGGCUGGAGUGCCUUUGAAUUUCAGUAUUUUUUUUUUGUCUAAUUUUCUAUCUCCGUUUAAUGUGAAUCAUUUGACAGGAAAAAUAAAUAAAAUAAUUUGCUCUCGUG